AUGCGCGCCCACCUCCUUCUCUUCUCUGCUGCAUUGGCAGCUGCCCAAACAGCCAACUAUUCCGGACCUCUUCGGCCUCAGGUUCACUUCUCCCCUCCUGAUCAUUUCAUGAAUGACCCCAACGGACUCUUCUACGAUAACAAGAGAGAUAUCUAUCACCUGUACUACCAAUAUAAUCCUUCCCAGAUUGUUGCGGGUAACCAGCACUGGGGUCACGCUACUAGCAAGGACUUGUACCACUGGACCAACCACCCCAUCGCCAUCUCCCCUAGCAAGCCGGAUGAGUGGAUCUUUUCCGGCUCAGCUGUGGUAGACAGCAACAACACCUCAGGAUUCUUCCCUGACCAGGACGACGGUGUAGUUGCCAUCUACACGCUGGCCACUGCGACGCUGCAGACGCAAAACAUCGCCUACUCCACUGACGGCGGAUACACUUUCACCAAGUACGAGAACAACCCAGUCCUUGACAUUGGCUCCAGCCAGUUCCGUGACCCGCAGGUUGUAUGGCAUCCCGAGACGCAGAAAUGGGUCAUGACCGUUGCUUAUGCGGACGACCGCGUCAUUGGAUUCUACACUUCGCCUGAUCUCAAGGACUGGACCCAUGCCUCCAACUUCACCCAGGAAGGUUUACCAGGAACGCAGUUCGAAUGUCCCAACCUUGUCAAGUUCUCUGUUGACUGCACCGUCUCAGAGGAUGAGGAUACGAAGCACGUGCUUUUCAUCUCCGUCAACCCUGGAGCGCCGCUUGGGGGUUCGGGAACCUACUAUGUCGUUGGAACGUUCAAUGGGACCCACUUCACUUCGGAGGUCGCCCACGAGACCCUCUAUGACUUCGCCAAGGACAACUACGCCUCCCAGUGGUACUCGGGCAUCCCCGAGGACGAGCCCCCCGUCUCCAUCGGCUGGGCCAGCAACUGGAACUACACCCAGAUCGUCCCCACCGGCCCCCUCGAAGGCUGGAGAGGCUCCAUGUCGCUGCCCAAAGAGCACACCCUGACCAAGGUCAACGGCUCCUGGGUCGUCACCCAGCAAGCAUUCGACGACCUGGCCUCCGUCCGCGGAAAGCGACUGCACGGCCACCGCUCGCGGAGUGGCGAUGUGACCUUCAACUUCUCGGACGUCCAGUCCGACGCGGUCUCCUUCGACGUCAAGAUCAAGGGUAUCCCGUCCUCUGGCGCAACGGGCCAAGUAUACUUCAACUUCACCUCGUCGACGUCGGGCGAGUACAUCGAUGGCGGUCUCAGAUUGGACACCGGGUUCUUCUGGAUCAACCGUGCGGGCACCCAUCUCUUCACCCAGGCGAACAGCACCGGCUACUGGCCGGUCUUCAACACGACGGUCAAGUCAUUCGACCACGGCAAAUUCACCUUCUCUGGUGUCAUUGACCGCUCGCUGCUCGAGGUUUCCCUGGCCGAGGGUAUUCAAAGUGGAACGAUGAGUUUCUACCCGACUCAUCCGCUGGAUACCUUGACGGUCUCUGGCAGCGAUCUGAGCAGAAGGACUUCUUUCCAGGUUAAGGCUUGGGGGUUGGAGAGUGGCUGGUGA